AACUUGAGCCAUUCUUUGCACUGCACGCCAGCAACAGCAGAGUCUGCCGCUGUUCUUCACUGAGCGGACACUUUCUACACCUGGUUUUUGGGGCGCUUCGGCAACAAGACUCAAGACUCAAGUGGAUAUUAAUUUUCUCCCUCAGCGAAGCAGACUGAGAGCCAUGUUCCACUGAGUCAGUACAGACGAGGCAUUGUGUCCCUGCAAUUGAAAAUACCAAAGACCAUCCUGGACAAAGCGUUUCUCUCAGACCCCCACUGUUGCUCUCCAAUCUGCGGUUGAAGUGAUAAAGAAACCGUGCACACCACUCUGAACAAAGAGGCGUAACGGGACCGUAGAUCCGUGUAAAGGAUUGCGUCCAGGUGCUGCCAUGGUGCGUGGUGGCGGCGUGGCGGCCGCUCCAUCCCGUUGGGGCCUGUGGGCUCUCUCAACUCUGACGCUGGCGGCGCUGUGCUUGUCCGACCAGGCCAUCCGGUGCCCGGUGUGUUCCGAGGAGAGGCUGGCCAGCUGUCAACUGCCGGACGACUGCGAGGAGACGGUGCGAGAGCCUGGCUGCGGCUGCUGCCCCACGUGUGCCCUCUCGAAAGGGGCGCACUGUGGCGUCUACUCGCCACGUUGUGGCACCGGCCUGCGCUGCUACCCGCCGCGGGGCAUCGAGAGGCCGCUGCACUCGCUCAUGCACGGCCAGGGCGUGUGCACCGACGAGAGAGAGGUGGAGGAAAACUCAGUGAUGGAGCAGCAGGAUGAAAUCGUCCCUGAGCAUCCCAACAACAGCAACAUCCGGUGCAGCCCGCAAGACAAAUGGUGCAUACAGAAGACCCUGGCACGACACCCACCAAAAUCCACAAAUCAGAGAAGCAACAUGGCGAGGGAGGAAGCCAAGGCAGCACUGGCUCCGUGUCGUGCUGAACUACAGAGAGCGCUCGACAGAUUGGCAUCGAAUUCCCGCACACAUGACGACCUCUUCACAAUUCCCAUUCCCAACUGUGACAAGAACGGAGACUUUCAUGCUAAACAGUGCCAUCCUGCACGUGACGGUCAGCGAGGAAAGUGCUGGUGUGUGGAUCAGAAGACGGGCAUGAGGCUUCCAGGCCCGCUGGAGCUGCGAGGGGAACUGGACUGCCACCAGUUAAUGACUGCGACGCUGAGGGAUUGAAAAACAGGGGGUUGUGUUGAGGGUACGGGAGCAGCUUAGUUCUACUGGUGCUCAUGAGCUGAUCCAAACGUGGAAUCCCCGCGCAGUCUCACGUCAUUUGGGGCUAACGGUACUUGAGCUCGUGCAACAAAGGGAACAAGUUUGAAAUGGAAAUGAGUUUUUUUGUUGUUUUGUUUCUGUGUAUGUAAAAGUCUUUUGAGCACUUGCCAGGUAUUGUUUCUACUAUGUGAACUUCACACCUGUAGUCGUAGAAAUACGUGCUUGAACAAGUGGCAGUAAAAAUAUGCUAAAUGUCGUAUUACGUAGAUGAGGGUCUAGAAACAAACCAGACAAUGCAAAGUGAAAUCAGUUCAGUCCACUUCAGCCAGCAUUGAAAAGACGAAGAAGAUGACAACAACAAAAAAAGGAUUGAACGCCAAAAUCCUCUUCUAUGACCGGAUGGUUACAUUUUUACAACAAGUCUGUCAAAAUGUUUAAAAAACACUAAACUAUCAGUAAGCGAGAGCCCAGAAAAGAUUUACUUUAUCACCAAAUGAUAAAUCUGCAACUUCUUCUAUUUUCCAGCGACUUGUCUCUCGUACAUUGGUCCCAAAGGACCGAAAAACCCUGGUAAAUACCAGUACUGUGCCUCCUAUAGCUGGCGUAGCUACACUAUGUGGCUUUGUGCUUUUCUACAUACAGUAUAGCCUUUCUUUAACAACUUUACUGGUGCUAUUUACUGAUUGGGCCAAAACACACAAAGUAUACUUGUUGGCCAUUGUUUGAUUGGGCCUUUCCAGAAGCAAUUUUUCAAUAGGCUACUGCAACAUGGUACCUUAGUUUUAAUACCUGAAUGAGUAUUUCAUUGGAUAGUGUUGGAAAAAAUAUAUCAAUUCAACAUGCUUUACACCAGAGGUGGCCAUGCAGAAAACCUGAAGGAUGCGGGGGUUAAAACCAAUUGAGGUCAAUACAGUCAAACCUCAGUCUUUGUACACCCUAGUUUCAUACGGUUUGUAUGUUUUUGUUGAAGGUUUUUGCUAAAAUUUUGCUUCGGGUCUCUUUUUGCCUUGGUUUUUGUGUACUGUCUCGGUUUUCGUACACUUUAGUUUCGUAUGAUUUGUAUGUUUUCUUAAAAGGUUUCACAAAAAAAUUGCCUUGGGUUUUCUAUAAUGUCUUGGUUUUCCUAUGCCCCAGUUUUGUACGAUUUGUAGGUUUUCAUCAAAAACGGAGCAAAAAUUUUGCCUUGGUUUUAGUGCGCCCCAGUUUCGUAUGAGUCGUAUGUAUUUGGCAAAAUUUUUGCUAAAAUUUUGCCUGUUUUUGUAUACUGUCUCAAUUUUCGUGCACCCCAAUUUCAUAUGAUUUCUGUUUUCUUCAACAAUGUUCGCAAAAAUUUUGCCUCGGUUUUUACGCCCCAGUUUCAUGUGAUUUGUAUGUUUUCAGCAAAACUUUUUACGAAACUUUUGACUCGGAUUUGUAUACUGUAGCAGUUUUUGUACACCCCAGUUUUCUAUGAUUCGUAUGUUUUUGUCAAAAGGUUUUGCAAAAAUUUUGCGCCGAGUUUCGUAUACUGUCUCGGUUUUUGUACGCCGUAGUUUCAUGGGAUUCGUAUGUUUUUGUCAAAGGUUUUCGCCAAUAUUUUGCUUCAGUUUCUCUAUAUUUUCGUAUACUGUCUCAAUUUUUGUACACCCGAGUUUUGUAUGAGACACGUUUUCAUCAGAAAAAUUUCGCUAAAAUUUGGACUCAGUUUUUAUACACCCCAGUUUCCUAUGAUGCGCAUGUUUUUGUUGUAAAUAUUGCCUCGGGUUUCGUAUGCCCAAGAUUUGUGUUAUUUUUUAUGUUUUCGUCAAAAGUUUUCGCAAAAAUGUUGCUUCGAGUUUUGCAUACCCUCUUGGUUUUUGUAUGCUCCAGUUUCGUAUGAUUCGUAUGUUUUCGUCCAAAAAUUUAGCAAAAAUUUUGCCUUGAUUUUCACACGCCCUAGCUUUGUAUGAUUUAUAUGUUUUCAUAAAAAUGUUCACUAAAAGUUUGCCUUUGCUCACUGUCCGUGCAUUUUUUAUUGAGUGCGACUGCUAAAUAAGCCACAAAGGGGCCAACGAAAGUUACGCGUGCCAGCAGUUUGAUAAAGAAUGUGAGAAACACUAUUGAAUUCCAACUCGCCAAGAUGUACAGGAAGUCCGCAUCAACAAUACGUUCCAUCCAUCCCUCAUUUAUAAUUAUUUCACAUUGAUUUCUGCAUGUAAAACUAUCAUUAUUAUCUACUGUAUACCAUUUAUUUGUGUUGAUAUUUUGUGUGUCUGGAACCGAUUAAUUGGAUUUACAUUAUUUCCCAUGGGAAAAAUUGCCUUGGUUUUUGUACGUCUUUGUUUUCAUCUAACCUUUUGGAACAAAUGAAUAACAAAAACUGAGGUACCACUGUAUAUGCACAGACACAUCUUAGCUUUGUGGUACAGGUGACAAAGCAAAUUAGUGGCAUAGCUAACUUCUUAUCUCUUGGCUAAUGCAAUCAUUUUAUUUGCAGAAACAAGCUGCGGGAAUCACCCCCACCCCUGCUUGACACAAACACAACCAGAGAGUGUAGUAAAGUUUUAUGAUAAAGCACUUGGCAGGAAACCAACUUGUAUGCUGCUGUAAAAAUACAUGACAGGAAAUAACAGCCGCUUCUAACUAAAUCGUUGCACUUUUUUGCUAGUUUUUGAACAUUUGCACAAUUCCAGUCAAAUUGCUAAAAGCCUAAUAACGUAAUAGUACGCAUGUGGAAAAAUGUAUCAAUUUUAAAGGAUUUCAUAUGCAUUUGUCUUUACAAUAACAAUACACAACUCAAGGGUUCUCGGGGCAUUGAAUCCAUCGCAACUGGACUGUUAAGGUUGUCUCACAAGAUAUUUCGCCUCUCAUCUGAGCAGGCUUCAUCACUUCAUGCUCAAAGACUCUAGGCCAGAGUAUGAACUGAUGCAGUUCAUGCUCAAAGACUAGAUAGGACAGCUCUAGCAUAAACUGAUGAAGGUCAUGCUCAAAGACUAGAUAGGACAGCUCCAUUCAAGGGCACUGGUCUCAAGUUGUCCUAUCCAUUCUUGAGUUCUGGUCCAGAGCUGUCCUAUCUAGUGUUUGAGCAUGAACUUCAUCAGGUCAUGAUGAAGAGCUGUCCUAUUCUAGAGCCCCGGUCUAGGACAGUACUAUCUAGUCAUUAAGCAUGUGCCCUAUUCUUGAGCACCGGUGUAGAUGUGUGGUCUAGAGAUGAACUUCAUCAGUUCAUGCUCAAAGACUAGAUAGGACAGCUCCAGACCAAAGCCUUUGAGUGUAAAUAGGUGAAGUGUAUGCUCUGGUCUAGAGCUGCCAUAUCUAAUCUUGCUAGAGGUGUUCUAUCUAAUCUUUGAGUAUGAACUGCUGGAGUUCCUGCUCUGGUCUAGAGCUGAACUACAGAGGUUCAACGUUCAAAGACUAGAUAGGACUGACGAAAAGUUGAGACUAAAAACGAAACAUAUAUAAACCGAAGCAAUUUUUCCCCACAGAAAAUAAUGUAAAUCCAAUUAAUCUGUUCGAGACACCCCAAAAUAUGAAUAACAAAUGACAUUUUAUGGAGAAUAAUUCUAAUUUUACAUGCAGAACAAUGGGACAUAAACGAAUAAAUGAACAUUCACCAUCACUUGUACUUGCUCUAGACUUGAGCAGCUCUCGACUCGGGGCGGCAUGGCUCAGGUGGUAGAGUGGUCGCGCCAACCUGGAAGUUGCUGGUUCGAUCCCCAGUCCUCCCAUCACCACGCGGAAGUAUCCUUGUGCCGAAGGCAGCAGGUAAAUGUGGUAACUGAUGGGUGAGACACAAAAUGUCGUUUAAGACAGGCGAUGGAAUCAAUGCUCUCAGAAGAGAUAUUGCAACAAAAAAAAAACUAGAGCAGGAAGCCCAAGUAAGACAGUUUGUGUAGUAAGUUGCAGUAUUAACUCAUCAAAUUACAUGACUCUCUUGUGUGAAAGUAUCAAAAAGGGGCUCACCAAGACACUGACAAUAUAGCAAUAUUAUUUUCCAAAGAUUUCUAACAAAGAAUGAGGAUGUUUCCACUGUAAUUGUGGCUCAUGAGUCAAACCACCACAGUCAUUCAGACAACAAACAGCCAAAAGGCAACCACAUACACGAUGUAUUUCAUCAACAGUUUGUCCCCCUGACGCACUGAAGUGUAACCGCUUGACAAUAGAAUGUGUCGAUUGGAACAUGACGCCAUGUUUGCAUGGGCUGAAAAGAGAUCUAAUGCAUCUUGACCGGGACAUUUAUAUUCCAACACUGAAAUGAUCAGUGAACUGAUAGCGAGACUUGCAUCCGAUGAAACGAUCAGUUACAUGGUUUAUUUAAUAGAAAUGUAAACAUUGUAAUGCAUUCAUUA